CUAUUUCCGUCAUGAGCCGAUUAGCCGACAGCCGGCAGUGUCAGUCAGCACCACACCGUUCGUAAGGUGGGUCCAAACACUGGCCCGAAUCGCCCAGGGAGCUUUGAACAUUUGAAUGUUGGAGCAGUGAGUUCUGUUCCCCUUUUACUCACACCAAGAACCGGAACUUCGGUCCGGUCGGCCCGUGUUAGCUUACCGACGUUAGCUAUGUGCUGCUUCUAGCUAAGGCUGCUAGCAGCGUCUUCAUAGCAGCUGCUAACAUGUCGGAUUUCCUCUCCUUCAGAAAAUAAACCCGUGUUUGUAGAGUCACAGACCCGCUGCUGGUUCCGGGAUAAACGGAGGCUCACCUGCAUGACCCCCCGGUGACCCGGCAGGACAAAAGGAACCAAACAAUCGCUGAGACGACUGCAGACGUUUUCCAGAAGUUCAGAUAAGAAGCUGGUUCUUGGCUCCAGUUCUGAUGAGCCGCCAUGGAUGAAGAUGACAGCCAGGACGAGCAGAUCAACUGCAGCUCCACACGCCACCGAGGAGGGAAACGGGCCGCUCUUUGGACCAUCUCAGAUGACUCGGAUGACGCGGAGGCGGAGCCUGAGAACGAAGAGUCUGACAGUGGAGAUGAAGAACACGAUGACCCGGUGAAUGGAGAUGAUGAAGAUGAUGAUGACGAUGAUGAUGAUGAUGGCGAUGAUGGCGAUGAGGAGGAGGAUGCAAAGCCCCAUGAUGGGGGGGGGGUGUCUGCUGGCUUCACUGGGAUCAGCUCAGAUGAGGACUCAGAAAAAUGUCCCAUCUGCCUGAACACUUUCAGCGAGCAGCCUGUCGCCACGCCGGAAAACUGUGAGCACUAUUUCUGCUUCGACUGCAUCCUGGAAUGGACCAAGAAUGCAAACUCGUGUCCUGUAGACCGUACCACCUUCAACAGCAUCUACAUUAGAAAAUGCUAUGGAGGGAAGGUAAAGAAAAUGGUAACGGUGCAAAAGCCUGCUCAGAAGAGCCAGGAAGACGCAGUAGAUCUGGACCUGGAGCAAACCAACUGCGAGGUGUGUGGCGGCAGUGACCGGGAGGACCGCCUCCUGCUCUGCGAUGGCUGUGAUGCAGGAUAUCACAUGGAGUGCCUCACGCCCCCCCUGGACUCUGUCCCUGUAGAGGAAUGGUUUUGUCCAGAGUGUGAAGCCACCAAUCAGUCUUCAAGACAUUCUGCAGAAGAUCUGAGUGACCGGGGCGGCGUACCCUCUGCUGCGCGUCCAGCCACCAGUCGAGCUCUGCCUCGCGCUUUGGGACCCACCAGAGCCAUCGCCCGGACUCAGCAGAGCGAGAGGGUUCGAGCCAAUGUCAACCGCCAUCGCAUCUCACAGGCACGCUCUGCACAGCUGGCUCCUACAUAUCUGAUGCAGUCCACUUGGUUGGACGAAACCAUCAACGCCGUGGUGGCCGGGCUGAACACAGCUGUGUAUGUUCGAGACGUCGCUCCUCGUGUGGCGUCCAGACGCAGACAGACCUUGAAACGCAGAAAGGUGAAACAGAGGAAGACGUCGGCAGCUGGAAAAAUGAGCAGCACAGGAGUCCAGAGAAGAAAACGCAGGUCAAGAAAACCAAAAUCCAAGAAAAAGCUGACUCACAAAAAUUCUGCCGAUCCUCGAAGCCGGAUUGCCAGUAACCUGGGAAUGGUGAAGGACAGGAACAGCUCCUCCCUUCCCACCGUGUAUCGGCCAUCAGAGUCCACUCUGAGCAGCAUGCGCGCCGACAUCGGCGCUGCAUCUCUGUCCAUCUACGGAGAUCCCUUCGACCUGGACCCCUUUGUGGAUCAGGAGAACCACCAACAGCAAGGCCAGGUGUCCUCGCUGCUGGCGGCCCGGAGGCGGGGCCUGUCCCGGUCCGCUCUCCGCUCUCAUCGUCCUGUUGCCCGUCCUGUCCCUGCCCCCCUCCCCAGAGGGCCGGACGUUUCUCAGACGGAAGCGGCUUCAGUUCCGGAUCUUCUGGGAAGCAUCCUGACAGGACAGAGCAUCCUUCUAAUGGACAGUUCUGAUGUCAUCAUCAACCGGGACGGUUCUCUCAAAGCCGCAAAGCCAGCAGUGACAGCAAGUGGGCUGGAAAGCUGGAGCGAUGCUAACACUCUCAUCAAAGAAGAAGACCCAUCUGAACACAAUGAUGGACGUCUACCAGAAGACUUCUGUAGCUCUACAAACAGCCCUACGGCCCACCGAUCUACUAACCUUCCCUCCUUCACAGCUUCACAGAGCGCUCUGUCCUUCACAGCAGCUUCUUCUGAUCUACUUUCUGGAGGAACUCCAGGUUUUCUGCCUCCACAGCCAAUCAAAUCAGGACCUUUAAAAAGCUCUGAGAACUCCGGUGUGGACUUUGCAGCUCCAUCACAGGCCCAUGCAACAAAAGCAGCUGUAAAGCCCAUGUGGGUGGAUGUGUCCGAGUUACCCAGAAUCCCCAGAAUUAAACGUGAGAGCCGUGUAGGACCUGAUGACGGACCGGCUGGCAUCCUCAGGGCUGGCAUGAACCGCCCUUCAGGAGACAAAGGAAGGAACCAAAGUGAAGACCAACAGAAGGACGUUUGGACGCACAGACACAGGUCUAAAGGAGACGCCUUCUGCAGCUCCUUCUCCUCUUCUGCCAGCCAGCCACAGCGUGCCCCAUCGCUGUCAUCUUCAUCAGCAGUGAGCUUUCGCAUCAACUCCAGUGGAAACUCUUGGCAUGCAAGAAAGCUCAACAUGGGAUGUUCUUCUGGAGAAAAGCUAGAAGAUGUCCAGAGACGAAAGGAAGACCAAGCAAAAAAGAGACUUUUGAUUCGAGACAAACGGAUGCUGCUGGCGUCACACAGCCGGACCAGCAGGGGGCAGGAGAGUAACAUCUAUGAUCCAUGCAAUCCCACCACGUCAGAUUCAGGCGGCUCAGCUGAUGAAGCUGAGGGCAGAAGUCUGGACUGCAGCAGGGAGGGCCCUUCUUGGGGAGAUGGAGAGGAGUGGAGGCUAAGCCUCCCCAAUGCUGUUCAGGAAAAGACAGGAAGUUCCCAGAGGAGCAGAUUACACAAAGUCCCUUUUUCAGAUGGACCCCCCAAGAUGAAAGAAGAACCACAUUCAGCAAAGUUGGAUGAGGCGAUGGAAAACAGUGGGGACCUUGAUUUCACUAAAAAGGAAGAAAAAAGCAAAAGGUUUUCUGGACCUCCAAGCCGUUGUUCCGAUAGCUACCAGGAUUCACCAAAAGCCAGCCUGGAUGCUGCCAGGAGAGGGUCUGCACCUUCUUCAGGGCCCCAGAGCUCCAUGGCACCCAAGAGCCAAAAGCCCCAAUCAGCCUGGAGAACAGAUCAUGGAGACACCCACAAGGACAAGACCAGGGGGGGGCAUUCAUCAGCAGGCAGCCCACCGUCCAACCCCUCAGAUCGGAAUCCACAGAAGAGACGGCAGUUUGCUUCUCUGUCCAAAGACUCGCAGAGAAACAGUCCAUCGCGGUCGGCUUCCAGCUCCAGCAGGAAAAAAAGCCACGAAAGGCAGAGCAGGAACAGAAACGAUGGCCGACAGAACCAGCCAGCGCCAAGCCACAGAAGAUACGGACCGCCCAGCCCAACGUCUUCAUCUGGGCCUAAACCAGAACGUAGUGAAUCUCUGUUAACGCCAAGAGAAAGGGGGGGAGAAUACGUCCAAGAAAAACACCCCCCCCUGACCUGCAAAGAGCGAGGAGGAGACGGGAGGAGAUGCCGGUCAGAAGACAGAAGCACACGGAAGGACUGCGCUUCAUCCUCCAGAGAGUCUCUACAGAGACAAGCCAAGGACCCCUCCCACAGAGACGUCCAGCUUCAGGACUACCAUCAGAAUCCCUCACCUUCCUGCCCCCUCAAAAACAAUUGCAGAGACUCUGGUGGGGAGGACACCAUGAAAGAUAUUAGUAAAGACACGAAGCCUGAAAACAACUUAAAAAAGGAAAAGCUGCGUUUGAAUGAUCCCACCAAGAGUGAACAGGUCUGGACCUCUUCCUCUGUGUUUGACAGAAAUGAGGCAAAUAUCCAGAAGAACCCGGCGGAGUCAUCUGAACCUCUUGGGAUCAAAUCUGAUCAAAGUUCCCCAAAGUUGUGCCCCACACCUCCUGCCGCCUCUCUCCCUGAUCUGCUGCCUGGAGCAACUGGACCUCAGCCUGGAAAGCAGGAUGUUCCUGAUGUUCCUGACUCUGACCUGGAUGUGGAUCUGAUGCUGGACUGUCCUGAUUUUGUGAAGCAGGAAGAGGAAGAAGCAGAUUCUUUUAGGGAUGAAGGGGAGCAGGUCUCUGCUGCUGCAGUACCAAAGACUAAGACUCAAGUGAAACGGGUUACCUGGAACAUCCAGGAGCCCGAAGGGCCUCAGCCGGAGAAAUCUGCCACUACUUUUCUUUCUGCAGAGCUGGCGCUUUAUAAACUGAAACUGAAGCAGGAAGGAGUUCGCAGGUCCUCCGGGAUGUCCCAGACCUCGGCUCAGGAGACCAGAGGGGCUGUUACGGACUCUCCCAAGAAGGAGGUUGUUGGUUCCACCUCUACUCCUGAUGCUACUCAUUCUAGAGAUCCACCAACCCAGCAAGGAGCGUCCAGUGGAGGAGAGAGUUUGUGGAGCAAAGACAAAUAUUUACAGAAGCUGCACAUGCAGGAGAGAGCCGUAGAAGAAGUCAAGCUGGCCAUGAAGCCUUUCUACCAGAGGAGGGACGUCAACAAAGACGAGUACAAGGAGAUUCUGCGGAAAGCCGUCCAGAAGGUGUGUCACAGCAAGAGUGGGGAGAUCAACCCGGUCAAAGUGGGAAACCUGGUCAAAGCUUAUGUGGACAAAUACAAACACGCACGGAAACGUCAAAAAGAGGCGGUGCUUGGGGAACAGACUGAGCCAAUCAGAGCACCAGACAGUCCAUGACGCUAGCUGCCUUCUGCACCGACACGGAGCUGCUCCACAGGGAGGUUUACCAAGACCUGGAAGAGCAGAUCCUCUCCUGGGACAGCCCCUCUGGGACGGGGGGUGAAAUGACCCACAGUCUUCAUAGGUGGCAGAAAUACGCAGGUGGUGCUGUUAAACAAAGUGACAUUUAUUAAAGAUAACAUUGUAGCUGUGAACAACUCAGAGUGGAUGUCAUCACCUGUUCCUCCAUUUUUGCCUUUUAUGAAUAAUCUGUGUAAAAUGUUUGAAACAUUUCAGUGCUUUUUUCAACCUCUGAUAAAAAACAAACUUUCUGACAUAAAACAGUUUUGGAAAACCA